AUGGAUAAAUUUGAUAGUGUUUGUAUCACCACUUACGCCGAAAAGGAAGUCAAUUAUAACUUAUUCGAGUCACUUUGGAUUCCAUGUUCCGCCAAAUUUGUUACUUUAGGUGCUACUCCAACCUCUAACGGUGUGAUACAAAUCUAUGAGCUGAACAAUGGAAAAGUUGAGCUCAUUAAAGAAAAAAAACACGAUAGAUCGAUCAAAUGUGGAACUUUUGGUGCAUCUUCGUUGGUAAAUAGGCAUCUGGCUACCGGUGAUUUCUGCGGGAAUUUAGAUAUAUGGGAUUUAGAAACUAGUACCUCAAUUUAUUCAGUUAAGGCGCAUCAAAAUGUUAUAUUCAGCGUUGAUGGUAUAGCAGGAAGAUCUCUACAUUGCGGUGCUCCAGAAAUUGUCACCGGAAGUUACGAUGGUUUUGUAAAAGUCUGGGAUCCUAGACAGAAAGAGAAACCGGUUGCAAUUAUGGAACCGCUGGAUGAAAUGAAACGGCAGUGUUGGGCUGUUACUUUCGGUAACGCUUACAAUUCUCAGGAGCGUAUAGUCGGCGCUGGUUACGACAACGGUGAUCUCAAAUUAUUUGAUUUAAGAAACAUGGCUCUCAGCGAUGAAUUUAAUUUACCAGAUGGAAUCUGUUCUUUGGAAUUUGAUCGAAAGGAUAUUAAAAUGAAUAAAUUGCUUGCUACUGGGCUAGAAGAUAAUAUAAGUUUAUGCAUUAUGAGAAAUAGAUCCUCCUAUCAAUAUCCUAUAAUCACCGAACGAGUCCAUAGGUCUACAGUAUGGUGUGGAAAACACUUACCUCAGAACAGGGAUAUUUUCAUGACUUGUGGCGGUUCUGGAUCUCUAUGUCUUUGGAAAUAUAAUUAUUGUUCCGAUGAUCCCAGCAGCGAUUCUGGUGCUUUGAAAGUAAUCCAAAAUAAUACUGUCACUAAUCAGUGCAUCACCAGUUUCGAUUGGAGCCCCGAUAAAAUUGGUUUAGCUGUUUGUUCAUCGAUGGAUCAAAUGAUUCGCUUAAUGAUUGUAUCGAGAUUAAAUCAGUAUUCGCAAUGAGAUUGAUCGGUGAAAAACUACUUUUAUUCUGCUUCAUGCGAUUGUUCGUAUUUUUUCGAGCGUUUAAUCGAUUAUGUGUCGGAGUCAUUUUGAUAUUUCAUUCUGUUGUAUGUGAUACGAAUAUGUAAUGCGUAAAAUUUUUUAAUAAAACAAAUCGUUUAUUUGUAA